AUGUCGCUAUUGAAAGUUUCAGCGAUGAAUGCCAGGCUUCCCAGCAACGUGACUGUAAUACGACGUGGGCUGAACGUUUGCCUAAGACACAUUGGAAGAGCUAGAUAUUAUUCGACAACGAUACGAGAGAUCAAUGGAAACGAUGAAUCUAAUAAUAAUAAGGAGCUACGGAAUAGAGAGGUUGCUGGAUGGAUUCAGCAAUCUUUGUUAGAGCAUCCUCCUGUACAAAGAACAACAAUAACAACAAGAAAAACACAUACAGCGAACUCAUCACUAGAAAAGAGGGAACAGUCAACCAAGACAAUCAGCACAGAAGAAUGGGAAAGGCUGUGGGAAGUGCGAUUUCGAAUCGGUGAGUUGAAGUGUGUUACAGAAGUGAUUCGAAUGAAAAAAGACGAAUAUGCAUUUUUCACACCAUCACAGUUGCUCGUUUUAUUGACUACCUUGACUAAAUUACGAAGAUAUUACGAUAUUGAUAGAGUAUACCAAGCCUACCAAAAGGAAUGGAAUAGAGUCGAAAGGCUCAUAGAAGAUAAACAUGAUCUCUUGAAUUUCUUGAAGAUAAUGAUAACGACGCAUUCACAUACUCAUAAUUAUGAAGCGGCGGAGCUAUUUUUCCGGAAGUAUAUCAAACAACCAAAAUUGGACCCAGCCUAUAUCAAUAUGGGACUUAAAGCAUUGCUCGAAAAUAAGGACUUCAUUACAGCAAGACAGUUCUUCGAAUAUAUGUUGAAUAACCAGGAAGUAUUUCCCGUCACACAUGGGACUUUGCGAACUCUGCUUACCUAUAUUAAUCAUGCAGAUGACCUCUUAGCGUUGAAAGCAGUUUUCGAAUCAUGGCUGCAGAAGGGCCCAUCACUUCCAAACAAGGACAACAUUACACUUGUACAUAAGCAAUUCCUUAAGUUUGAUGAAGAAAACUCGAACAAAUAUUGGAAUUUACUUUUAUCGCAUCCAAGAUUACAAACUACACACUAUAAGGCUAGUGAUCGAUAUACGGUAUUGCAAAGUAUCUAUCAAUUCAAAAAUGGUGAAUUCUCCAUGAACGAGAUCGAGAUACUUAUACCACAAAUAAAUCGGAAAGAACGGUCUUUUUUGUACCUGCAAUUGUUAAAUCAGUUUGUGGAGCAGAAUAACUAUGACAUGCUUCAGCAGACGAUUACUCUCAUUAAAAAUGAUCCUGAAGUUGAUCUCAGACAAUUCCAUCAUUCCUGUAUAUUGAAAUAUUACGUCAAAAAGGGUCUUUUAAUGGAUUUUAUGGAUCAUAUAAAACUAAUACAAGAGUCGGAGUCCAAUAAUUUGAUAUUAGAUCCUUAUUUGUUCUUCCAAAUAUGGGAAUGUGCUUUCCAAGCGUACCCUAUCCUUCGCACGGAGUUAGAACUCGAAAUGAAAUCAUUAUUUGAUAACAGGUGGUAUAAAAGGACGUACCCAUGGUUAUCUCGUUCCAUGGAGCUGCAAUCAUAUGAGAAAACUUCGGACGUCACAGGAGAUGACACUUUUUCCAGAAGAAAUGAACAACGGGUCGACACUAAACUUUUGAAAAGGGUAGAGAAGAUCUUAGAAAACGGUCGUUACCGCCGUGCGAGAACGAUAAUAAUGGAUCAAGCCAGGUUAGGGAUAAGGCCUAAUUUUCAGUUCUUCUACACCUUGAAAAAGUUCUGUGUGAACAAAGGCCACUUACCGAUGUGUAACAUUUUGGAUACGACGCUCAAGAGCUCGUAUAGGACCAUUCCUUUGAAGGUCAAAAUUCUAAACUUACGUGCAAACUUGUACAAAUUAGCAUAUCAACUACGGAAAGCACAACAACCUAAUGAAAUCAUGAGAUCUCAGAGUUUAAAAAUGAUCGAACGAUUUGUGAAGGAGCAUCAACGCGAAUUGAAUUUCCAGAACUAUAUCCAAUUGGCCAUGUUAGCGUCUCGAUACAAAGGCAGAUACCUAUGUGACAAAUUAUUUGCAAAGAGCAUUGUGACCAGGGACCCAACGGACAGUAGGGCUACUUAUAUCAUAUACAGGUCAUUGCUUGCAUUUUUCGUGAGGUUAAAGGAGCCAAAGAAAUUUUUAUCAACUUUAAAGAAGUUGAAUAACGAAUCCCAUGUUAUCGUCACUAAAUAUUUGUUGAGUACUGUGAAAUACAACAUCGCUUACUUUGAUAAAUUUAAUUGUGAGGAUACCAACGCAAUGAUAGUGGAGUAUGAGAAACUACGAAAAAGAUAUGCCUUUACCAAGCUUGAAGGGCUAGAUGCCAUCAAAGAGUUAAUGACGUAUCUAAGAAAAUGGUUAGAUCAUGAAGUAUACAAGCAUCAGACUUCAACUUAUCAAAAACAGUUGGAACUGGAAAAGCAGUAUAGAAAGGCACCCAAAGAGGUUGUGAAAUAG